AUGAUCAUUCCACCCGAUCCAGAGAAAGACCCCAGACUGUUUGAUCCUUCUUCCUCAACACCUUCGUUGAUACUUGCACCUUCGGAAUAUGAUGACACCACCUCACGUUGGGAUGGAGACGCGGAAUCAUUGCCACCUUAUCGAAGGUCCAGAGGAUCAAUCUCAAGUCAAGCAAGUCAUGCAUCCUCAAGCCAAAACGAGGAAACAUCAAUACCGCAUCGAAUCAUAAUACCCACUACAAGUACACCAAAUCAUCUAUAUCUUGACCACGCUUCCCCCAUCUCGUCCACUGGUUCUCUUACACCGACCUUGUCGAGAUCACGGCUUCCACUGGGCCUACCUCAUUUCAACGAUCAUAGCUUGUCCCCAUCGACAACACUUCAAGGCAGUAAUUCUUCAUCUAAACUUUGGGAAGGUAGUAGUGCACCUGAAAAAAAUAAGAAGAGAAAAUGCGGAUGUCUACCCACGCCGUCCCCUGGGAUGCAACGUUGGUGGGCAAAGUGGAGAAGAUGGGUUCAAGCUGUCAUGGUAGUGAUAUUGGUCGGGAUAGGCUUAGCUGUCGGUCUACUAGUUGGAAUGAAUAAAGCGAAGCAGAACAAAGCACCAGCGCCAUGGCAGAAACCCUGGAUGGCUCAAGACACAGAUGGUAAAAGAGCAACUGCGUGGGCUGGAAACGGUUCAUUCAAUCUGACAUAUGAUAGUUCACGCGACGGUCCUUCAUCUGCCGAAGGCACUUUAUCAGAUUGUAACUCAUUCACCUCAUUGAACCUCACCUCGUCCCCGUUCGGUACUUUAUUUACCGCAUUUCCUGCCUCCAAGCUAUCAGUUGCUUCAUUCUCUUUCCCCCUUCCAUCUUCUGGCAAUCCUCCUUCGGAUAUCUUCAUCAACUCGCGGGGCUUUGGAUCGAGCGGAUCGAUACACUUUCUUGGAUCAGAUGGACCUGAAGCCGUGAUCAGCAGCGGACAAGAAGGGCAAAUACUCAUAGACGUAGUUGUACGAUAUUCAGGAAAUCAGGAUUUAAAUACCAUGAUGAAAGUAUGUAAGAUGUCUAGAGGCAGUGAUGGCGUUGGUGUUGGAAUCUACAGUCCGACAGAAACGGAUGGAAAGCUGUUCAACAUAUUUAAAUUGAACCCCAAUCUGGUACCUACCAACUUGGUCAUUAUUCGUCUACCACCUUCACUCUUCUCAGGACACUCCCCGGCGUUGGAGUUCCCCUCUUUCUCGGUCAAUUCGGAUCACAUGGCCAUUCGUCUGGGAAAUCUGAACAAUAUCGCUUCUUUCGAUUCGCUCAAUCUCACGACUUACCGAGGAACAGUGACUACAAACUAUGUUCAAACGAAGAAUGCCGUUGUUACAGCAGUUGAAGGUGACGUCAAAGGUAUAUGGAAUGUGUCGGAUAGUUUGUUGGUGAACAUCACUGAAGGAUCUAUCGUAUCUGACCUCAUCCUGCACGAUCCCAACAUCUAUAACGACAAUGCUACCACUCUAUCUUCUGCUUCCAUGACCGAUUACACCCUCGUUAGCCGGAACGCAUCACCAGACGAUGACGGCGACGGCGGCGGUGAUAUGGAUGUAGGAAUUGAAGAUGAGAUACAUUCCUUACUAAACUGUACAUCUACCAAUGCCACUUCGAAUGGCACAUUACCAAUCAUCACUACCAAUCUUUUCACGUCAUCCGGUUACGUUAACGUCAGAUAUCUACAUCAACCGACAAGUAUUUCAUUAUCAGCUAUAUUAGCUACACAGGAAGGUGACAUGAAUAUCGUAUUCAAUCCUAAUUACGUUGGACCAUUCUUAACGAAGAACCAUUGGGGUCAAAUAAACAUCAAAACUCCAAGUCCUAUCAGAGACUCUGAUCCAAAAUCCCUACAAAGAUCAAGACAAAUCAUCAUUGAUCCUAUCGAGGUCCUACCUAAUUCAACAUUCUAUACAAUAGGUUACACGACAGAAGAUUUUGAUGAUUCUCCGGAUACCUUGUCAGGUGUUGUCUACUGGGCAGACACAAAGCCAAACGGUAAACCGAUAUUAAGAACUAUAGAACAAGUACAAGCUGAUCAGUCGAUUCAAAAUAAUCAACUCAUUAUCAUGGGCAGUUGGGGUGAUGUAGAGAUAAGUUUCGAUGGCCAGUAA